UGAGAGGUUGGCUUUCAUUCAUCUGGAGCAACAACAUGGCGGCAACCUGAUAGCAGCUGCAUCAAAAAUAGCAAACCUCACAUAUUUGUGCAAACAGACACAAAUUUAAAAAAAUACAGAGGAAGACUACAUAACUAACAGGACAUCCAUCGACUUCGAUUCAGUCUGAAUGUCAAGGUUCCCUGGAACAUAAUCCUGAGUUGCCAGUUGAGAAAGGCUAGUGGACUCACUAGAAGAGCUGGCAAGAAAUAUAGGAUUCAGAGCAGUAAUAACGAUACUAAAGACUGAAAGGACUCAUUUUGGGUUGAGUAUUUAGCUACUGCAUCUGGACUUAGAUCAAGGCAAACCGAUAGUGCACUCUCUGAAGUCGAGACCAUGGAUCACUACCAGGACCUAUGGCCGAAGUACAGGGCUUGGGUUUGAAACGGCACCAUUUACCUCUCCCCCUGCCUGUCACCAUCCCAUAUCAGAUCACAGAUGGAGGUGACAUGGAGCUAAGCAGUGAAAUGUAAUCUCGGCCAGAGAUCCCACUCUCUGCUCAGUAGCACCUGUCACAGCCUGAACUCUCCACAAAUAUUUUCAUCCUGGACCUUGAACUCAUUGGGUCUUAGCUAACUGCCCUACACCUCUCUGGUAACUGUUACAGCUAGCCUACAGUUUCCCACCAACCAAAACUAACCCCUUCAUGUUUACAGACUUACUCUAUCCCAAAGUCAACAGAUUCUCUCAAUGCCCAGACCUGGCCACACCUUCUCCCAUGUCCCUUAAUUGUUUCUAAUUGAACUGUAUCCCUGAGCCACCACGACACACAAGCCAGGCCAAAGGCUUGGUGCAGUUGCAUUGGACUGUCUAGAGCACACUGCAGUGACUAAGCUCUAAGUUGAUUUAAACAUGAGUGACGGGGAGCUGCAGCACCUGGACUAUCUGACUGAGAAUGAGCUGAUGGGCAUGGACACGUUCAUUCACCGCAUCGACUCAACUGAGGUGAUCUACCAGCCACGCAGGAAGAGGGCCAAGCUGAUUGGGAAGUACCUGAUGGGAGACCUGCUGGGGGAGGGCUCCUACGGUAAGGUGAAGGAGAUGCUGGACUCUGACACGCUGUGUCGCAGGGCCGUCAAGAUCCUCAAGAAGAAGAAGCUGAGGCGGAUCCCCAACGGAGAGGCUAAUGUGAAGAAGGAGAUCCAGCUGCUACGGCGACUCCAGCACAAAAAUGUGAUCCAUUUGGUGGAUGUGUUGUACAAUGAAGAGAAGCAGAAAAUGUAUAUGGUGAUGGAGUAUUGCGUAUGUGGGAUGCAAGAAAUGCUGGACAGUGUCCCAGAGAAAAGAUUUCCAGUAUUUCAAGCUCACGGGUACUUUUUACAGCUGUUAGAUGGCCUUGAAUAUUUGCACAGCCAGGGAAUCGUUCACAAGGACAUUAAACCAGGAAAUCUGCUUCUGACUACCGACGGGGCACUCAAGAUCUCCGACCUGGGCGUGGCAGAGGCUCUGCACCCGUUUGCAGAGGAUGACACGUGUCGUACGAGUCAGGGCUCGCCGGCGUUCCAGCCCCCCGAGAUCGCCAAUGGCCUGGACACCUUUUCAGGGUUCAAAGUGGACAUCUGGUCCGCAGGCAUCACACUAUACAACAUUACGACGAGUCUUUAUCCGUUUGAAGGGGACAACAUCUAUAAGCUAUUUGAGAACAUUGGGAAGGGAGACUACAGUGUUCCAGAAGAGUGCGGGCCUGCCCUGUCAGACCUAUUGCAAGCUCCUUUGUCUUCUCCAGGAAUGCUUGAAUAUGAUCCCGUCAAGAGGUUUUCAAUACAGCACAUAAGGCAACACAACUGGGUACGUAAAAAACACCCGCCAACAGAACCACCGGUGCCGAUCCCUGCCAGCGCGGAGAGCCGGGACGUGUGGCGCAGCAUGACGGUGGUGCCCUACCUGGAGGACCUGCACGGGUACACCGAGGAGGACGACGAUGACGAGCUCUACGACCAGGAGGACACAAUCAUCUACACUCAGGACUUCACUGUGCCAGGCCAGGUGCCAGAGGAGGACUUAGACGAGGGUGAGGUGAAUCGGAGCCGGGCCCAGGCCAAGCCUGUUUGUGUGAAUGGAACAGAGAGCAAGGCCAAGCCAGAGUGCAGGUUCUCGUCCUCAUCCAACCCCUCCCGCAAAGGAGUAUCCACAGCCAGCAAGAUACGCAAGCUCUCCAACUGCAAACAGCAAUGACUGCACCUCAAUAACCCACCUGGGUCUGCCAUCAUUCAGCUGCUUUAUCUGUGUGCUGUCGGAGGCAGAGGGAAGUCUCGAUCACUUUGUGUGUGCGUGCGGGUUUGACAAAUAAGCCUUUGAUGCUCAUAUAAGGAAAAGUGUGCCCUUAAAUAUCCUUUUUAAGUCGCUGUAUGUCAUAAAUAAUCCUAUUUGUCAUGCCAUAGUCUCGUACAAUAAAAUGAACUAAAUGAAGCUUGCCCUUCCUCUCUUUAACUCUCUUUCUCUCUGUCCUCCCAGGUUCAUAUUUUCCCGUCCUUCUGUUUUUGGAGUGCUUGGCAAUGGUGAGAGAAGCCUGCUGAUGUGGUACCCCACGUUUCCUCCUGAACCAUUCGGUUACAAACUCUUCUUCAAGGAUGCCAUGCGCUUGACAGAGAGCGGGAAAGGGGGAGAAGGAGAGAAAUGGAGACUGCUCAGAGACUACCCUCGAGGGUCGUGGUGUGAAGUGCUUGUGUUUCCCUUCACUCCCUCCGUUGUCUGGUUGUCCCAGAGGCGUGGCCUGGCCGUGUGAGACCCACCUUUUCUGAGUCCUGCCCCAGUUUGUUUAGUUUAUAGACCAUCUUUUAUUUUACAGAACCUAACUGCAGUUUUUAAAGAUGGACAUUGUGAUGUGUAAAAAGAAUGACGUUGAUAAAGAACACGUAUAUAUUUAAACUAUGAUGACGAUGAUGAUAGUGCUACCCAUGUAAAAUUGCAUGCUGUACGGAGCUUUGAGUAAGGAAAACUAAGGACAGACAAAUGGACUAAAACCUUGACAACCACCGCUGAUGGUGAGUUGGGGGGGGUGUUUUGUUUCCAUUCGUUUUUGUUUUGAUUAAUUUUUUUCCAAUAAAUAUUUUGUAAUUAUUUAUGUAGAACAUGUCCCAACCAAACCCUA